UAUUAUUCUUAGCAAGGAUGACUGGCUCUAUCUAUCGUCGUGGCCUCUACAAGUCGCUGCAAUGUGAAGGGACUGGACCCACUGUGUGGUCACAGUCGCAGUCGUUGCCGCCUCUUAAAAAUGCAUCGGGCCGGUAAGCAUUAUGCAUAGUUUGUGCUGCACUUACGAUCUAUUAACCGCCGCAAAAAGUAGUGCAAAAGUAAUUGUUGCCACGCACAGAACUCGUUGAUGGCCAACGGCUGGCGGGGAUUGGGGUCUUGCUCGGCGGCGAUUACGACUAUGACAAGAGGCAGGCAAGAGCCAGAGCCAGAGCCAGAGCUAGAGCCACAGCUAACCCGUCUAACUUGUUGAUUUUCGGGGCACUUAAUCCACGACGCCCAGGCUCGGGCGGCACAGCUCCGUCGAGUCAAGGCAGGCGGCUCGGCGGCUGACCAGUGCCAGUUCCGAUUGGAACGGCCUCCUGAGCGGUACAGUCCAGCUCCCCUGAUCACCAGCUCACCACAUCAGGAUGUUAGUCCGCCUGCCGCUGCUCGUGCUCGCGCUCCUAGCGCAGCUCCUCGGCAGCAAUCAUGCCCAAAAGGACGCGGAGUUCGCUGUGCGCACACGAACUCCACGGGCAACCGUCACCCUGGACUUUGGCUUGCUUCUACGCAACCUGCUGCUGAAGAGCGCCCAAUUAUCCUCAGCCAAGGCCAAUUUGGUGCGAACCACGCGACGCCCGCCGCCGGCAAUGACUACCACGACUCCAGCACCACCGCCGCCGCCGCCACCGAAUCCCCGUCGCCGUCGACCAAUCUGGCAUCCGUACUUCGCUUCUGGUUAUCUUCCUUUUGACUAUGACUAUGCUGAUCCUGCAGUGCCACCGCCACCAGCACCGCCACCGCCCGCUCCACAACCAACGAGACGGGUGCGUCCGCAGCCACGCCCCCUGGGGCUUUAUAACGCCCAAAGACCCGCGGCUCGUCCACCGCCGCCAGCACCACCAGCUCCACCAGGGCCACCUAGCUAUGAUUACGACUACGACUAUGAUGCUCCGGCGGCGCCUGCACCAGCUACAGCUCCUCCACCACCGCCACCACCACCACCGCCAGCUGCCGCUCCGCGUCCGCGUCUAAGACCACGUCCCCAGCAGCCACAACAGCAACCGCAGCAGCCUGAUCCUCGGCAGCGCCGCCCUGCGCAGUUGGGAGAUCGCCUCGUCUAUCAGUACGCACAACCUACUGAUACCUUCUCUAGGCCGCUGGCUCUAGGAGGCGGCGUCGCAGCGCUGGCGGGGCUCGCGGAACUACCAGAGGAGCAGCAGCAGCAGCAGGAGGAGGUGGAUUUGUCGGCGGUGCAGGUGGCAGGAAUCACGGCCAGCGGUGAUGGCGCCGAUGCGGCAGACACGGAUACGGAUUCGGGUGCGGGGGCGGGUGCAGGUGCAAGCUCUACUGCUGAUGGCAACGCUGAUGCUCAGCCUGAAAGAUCUCCACCGCGGUUUUUGGUCAACUAUCAGAGUGACGAUGACUUUUUCGCCGGAGGAACUGGACCAGGUUCCUCAGUCAGAGAUGGGUCACCGCCUCCCAGUCAACAAGCGGACUCGAUUCCCGGACCCGCCAGCGGCUACGGCUUUCCUCCGACCCUUGACUUCGUCGGCCUCAAUCGCUUCCCGACCCCCAGCCAUCAGCAACAGCAGUACAUCUUUAAGUAAGCGGUGUAUAUUUUUUUUCAAAUCCUAGUUAUUAUGCAAUGCAGUGUGCUCCAAAAAUUACCAACGUCAACUAAUAAAUAUCAUUUAAAAGUAAUAUGUUACUUGUUUGAAACUUUUAAGAAG